AUGCAAAACCUAACACAUUAUUUUAAAGGAAAGAAAUGGCAAGAUAUUAUAAAAAUGAGUGAUGAGGAUUUAGAAAAGUUGGGAAUUACUGACCAUCUAACGAGAUCAACAUUAGGAGCGCAUUUUUGGGUUAUUCAAGUUGACCAUGCAAUAAAGUUUGGAUUGCCUAUACCGAAAAAAAAUUUUGUCAGGGAUUGGAAACAAUUAUAUGGGAAAGAAGUUUUAGAAGAUUUUCCUGCAUACUUGGACUUAAUUAGAAUGAAACGAUUAACUCCAUUAUUUAAAAAUAAAAAAUUUGAAGAUAUUUUGGAGAUGAAUUCUCAAGAUUUAAAAG